CGGGCGGAGAGUCCUGUCACAACAAUCUGCCAGCUUCCUCCGGGUUGUUUUGUUUGAGCGCUUCUGAAAGCGGCAGCAGCAGCGGCGGUGCAAGCGCGCUCGCCCCGUCCAGACAGUUUUAGUCCCUUAAGAAGCUCUACUAGUCCAAUUAGCCCCGGAGGUGGCGGGGUGGGGGGAGGAAUCCACGCAGCAGCUAAACUCUCCGCCAGCGGGGACUCGGCGAUGAGUAUGAGCCCUGCCGAGGUGCCGUGCGCCGACGACCUGAACCGACAGCCCGCCAUCCGCAGCGACAGAGUUGGACCGCGUGCGGCGCGCACACAGUGAGAUGACAGUGGCGUACUUCCAGCCGCAGCUCAUAUAAAAGACUCGGGGCUUGGCUUUUGUAUGGUAAGCUCGUUUUAAAGCUCCCGACAGAGGCGCUACCGACGAGUCCCGAGUUUCCCCCCACCACCACCGCCACUUAACCGGGGGCCGUUUCUGAAAGUGGUCGCUCAAACAUGGAGACGUUCACCGAUGUGCUGCUCGUCACCGCAAACGUCGGCUCGCUCUUCGACAACGUGGGUGAAAUCCAAAAUGGAUGGCUAGAAGAACUGUAUAAGACAAUCCAGAAAUACAAGCCACAGUUCAUCGCCCUGCACUUCCAGGAGGUGGGAGGAAAGGACUACAUGGUCAACAUGGACAAGGCAGAAAACUUCUUUUGCAACAUCGAGUCCAGUGAGGACAUGAAAGAUUUUGACAGGACUUGCAUCUAUGUGGACACCCAGUUCCAAUCUGAAGACAACUUUACGGCUUUGGGCUGCAUGUACUUCAUCCACAGGUCACUGAAAAACAUCCAUCAGUAUGACUUUAAUGUUAAGGAUUUUAAAGCCGUGGCGGGACACACCAAGUAUGUGGGAUCACUGGACGGCGUGGCCACCGUGGAGAAAGAAAAAUUCCCAAAGGAUUUCUGGCCUGAUUUCAAGUGGUCCAGAAAGGGCUUCAUGAGGACCCGCUGGAUAAUCCACAACCAGGGUCUCGACCUGGUCAACAUCCACCUGUUCCACGAUGCCUCCAACCUCAUUGCCGUCAACUCCAGUCCGUCCAUUUAUUCAGCCAACCGCAAGAACGCCCUCAGAUACGUCAUUGACAGGGUGUCGGACAGCCGCUACGCCGCCAUGCCUUUCUUCCUCUUUGGAGAUUUUAACUUCCGUUUGGACACACUUGCAUUAGUCCAGCAUCUGACCAUCGAAGCAGAUGUUGUGAAAGACGGCAAUUAUGACGUGGAGAAAAUCAUAUUUGAGGAAAAGGACAACGACCACCAGGUGCUGCUGCAGAUCGAGGAGAAGCUGUUCGCCUACGUGCAUCAGGCUGUUUUCAGGAAGGACAAUGGCAGAGCGCUUUUGAAAUACGACAAAGAAGUCACGUCCUUUCAGGACGUCAUCAGGGAAGAGGACAUCACUUUUCCACCCAGCUACCCCUACAGCGAGGACUGCUGUCAGCCGAAGCAGUACAUGAACACUCGCUGUCCCGCCUGGUGUGAUCGCAUCCUCAUGUCUCACACCGCCAACGAUUUCAUCAACAGGAGAGGUGAUAAUGACGGGCAGAGUGUUGCUUACAACACAAUUGGUCCCAAUGUCUGCAUGGGAGACCAUAAGCCCGUCUUUCUGUCCUUCUCGCUGAAGACAAAUAACCAUUGACUCUGAUCCUGCUCAAUGGUGUUCAGCCACACCCCCCAUAACCCGGCCCCCUUAGAUCUUCUCCUCCUCUGUGACUGGGUCGGGUCCCCCCUGCAGGGCUUGGCUGGGCCUGAGCCAUCGUGUCGCCGGUAUCUGAUCUCUCAGCUGCAGCUUCGUCCAGGCCGGUCUACUCAGAUUCAGCGCUGGAUUUUCUCCUCUUGUCUCUGGAGUUCCUGCUCGCAGCCGUGUGGACAGAUAUUUUUAAUUCUUACUAGUUCUUAAUAUUUUAACGGCAACCGUCACUAUUGUUGUAAAACUGUUUCUUAAGAUUGUAGCUACUGCAAAACUAUGACCAGAAUGGCUGUUUUUUUGUUGUUGUUGUUGUUUUUAACCUCCAGAAGUGUGGUGAAACCAUGUGCAUGAAAAUCUGACAUCUUUUAGACAGAUCGCAUCUUUAUUAUCAGGUGCUGAACAUCAGCUCCACAGACCGGCCGCGUCUGCUCUCCCUUUGUUUACCGCGCUCCACUUACUUCAGACAUCUGUAGUUUUCUCCCACUGUAGCAUUUUAAAAACAAGAGGCACAACUUGUCUUAUUCACCCUCCUGUUGUAAUGUUCAGGCCGAUGUUCUUCUCAGAAUCACACACCUGAGAUACGCAUGCAUGUCUCCGAACACUAGACAGACAGAAAGGUUUAUAGCAGCAGCAAACCAGCUGCUGUAGUUUUUAUCUGCAAUGGUGAAAAUGUAUUGGCCCCCUACAGAUUUCUCUGUUUUUGUUUUUUUUAUAUAGUUUUUAUUUUUUUUAGUCACAGGUUUUUGGAUUAUAAUAAUUUUUUUUUAUAUUAGACAAAGUCUCUUUUUAGAUGACAGCGUGGAAUUGGCUGCUAUCAUUUUCUAUGUCUGGAUUAGUUGGAAAAGGGGAAAAACAUGCUUUGAAAACUAUUUGAUUUUCUACACUUUGUAUCCUUUUUUUAAACGACAAAUAGCUAAUGCUUAAGAAAUUGAGUCGUUUUACCAAUUGAUUCAUAACAAUUUGACAUGCGUUAUCUUUGAUUUUCCUCAUCAGAGCUUGAUUUUAAUAUUUUCCAAACCAGUAUAUUGGGUUUUGACUUUCAGACUGAAUGCCGGUUCACGAAUCAAUAAUGGGCUGGGCAUCUGUUUGUUCUGUAGAUAACUUCUUAAACUGGCUCUAGGAUGCCAGACAGAGCGCUACGCUUUAGUCUUUAGGAAUUUAAAAACGAAAGGAACCAAAGUUCACAAACUUACAUGAAUCUGGGCCCAGCCUUGAAAACUCCAUUUCCUUAUUUGACAACACCGAAAGUCUGAUUUGAGUUAGAGCAAAUGCUAAAAAAGCUGUGAAUUAGUGCUUUAGGGCUGUCUGAAAACCGUGAGCAGGUUUUAGCCAUUUUUGUCUGGCCUCUUAUUGAUGAAUCGUGAAUGCUGACCUUAACUAAGGGAGGAGAGGCCUGCAGCGCUUUUAAAUGGUCUGGGUUCUUUUAUGACCUGGAUGAUUCGUUCAUCCACUUUUGGAUUCAUUUUGAUCGGCCAACGGCUCCCGGGAAGGUUCUCCACUGUUCUGUGGUUUCUCUGUUUGUGCAUAGUGCUGGUCCACUGGAGUCUUAGAGACUUACAAAUGACUUUGCAUCUACUUCCAGACUGUUAGUUUCUCAUCUGUUGUUUAAUUUUGUUUUUAGAUCGGAGAAAGAUACGCUGGUUUUUGAGAUAUUCAGCCGUCUAAAUGUUCUCAGGCUGGUUCUGUUCAAAGAAACAUCUUGGUUCAGUUUUACAGAUCUGAUAGCACUGUAAUCAGGCCGGAGCGCGGCUGAUGUUUUAUUCACAGCUAAUCCACGAUGAAACUUCAUUUUUAUACGUUUUUUUUUUUUUUAGAUGGGUUCCAUGUUGGUAAUGUUUUCCAUUGAUAAGUGAUUUAAACACAGAUUUAUGUAUUUCCUCUGGGUUUCUCUUGGUUUGGUAUUACUGUUAGUUUUAUUGCUCUUGAACCUUUAAGUUGAACAGAUGAAGAGGAGGAAACAGAAGAAACCUGUGGAGGGGGGGCAGAUACUUUCUCAUGCAAUGUGGAUUCCCCUUUUUAAACUGACAGUGGCGCGCUCUCUGUGUGCGAGCCGUACAAAAUACCAAGUGCUUUAUCUCCCAUCGUACACGUCAUCAGUUCUCAGCAGCCUGUCCUCCUUUUUAGCCGUCCUGCCCGGGGAAGGUCCUGAUUACGUCUGCGCUGCGCCGCAUCCGUCCACUCUCACGCGCUACCUUUACCUUCUUUCAUCAAAAGAAAUUAUUAGUGUCCUCUGUUUACUUACAACUGAGUUAUUGAAUAUUUUUAUACACCCACCCACCCACACACUCACACACGUGCACAUACAUAUAGAGCAUGAGGCACUGUUUAAAUGUUCUCUCUUCAUAAGUUAUUUUUACCAUGCAUGUUGUUGUUAUACUGUAGCUCUAGUGCAGUGAUAUAUAUUUUUUUGAUGUAUUAAAUGAUCAGUUCCCAUUUUAACCUGGCUUUAGUAACAAUAACUCUGCCACUCACAACUGCUUGCCGUAUUUUUGCUUAUUUUGUGUGGUGUGAGAGGAGCCGCCCGAGGGACCCGGCGCUCUCUCCAUGUUUGCAGAAGCGAAGUUUUGGAUUUCAUGUUGUUUGUACAGUUGGCCUGUUGCUGCACGGUAGCAAGGCACAGAGACUGAUGCACACGACUCCAUCGUCUGAACCGGUGUGUAAUAUAAUGUAAUGUUGUGACAGGAGUGGAGUCGGUCGGAAGGCCAGUAUUACUUUUAGUUACCUCUAGUCAGACACUACAUGUUUUACUUGGACUUUUGGAAAUAAAGUGAGACCCAAAGCAAA